GCAGCUUCAGUUUACCGGGGUUUUGUGACUAAAGCGAUUAAGCAGAUUUGGGUUUAAUGAGCCAACGCUGAGCUCGACCACUGGUCGUCUGCUCGCACUGUGAGGAUAAAUGGUUUUCCCAAACAAAAGUAUAUUAAACAAUACCAGUCCAGUGAAAAAGAAAGGGAAAUGCUAUCUCGCCUGUGUUCGUACCUGGCGCGCAUCUGUGAGAAAAAAGAGCAGAUUUGCAAUUUUAAAAAUAAAUUUUAGGAUAUUUUUUCUUUUUUGUAUUAUUCAGUUUUUAAAUAGCAUCGAUUUUUGACGGCUUGUACUAUUUACUACAUCGUAUUUUAUUGGACAAAUUAAUUGAAUUAUAAGGAAAAAAAAACGGAGUUAAUUCAUGGAUGAUAUUUCAACUCGAGGAUAGUGCAAAAUAACCAACAUUUCAAGUGCACUGUAGCCAAAGAGUGCUAUUUAUUAUACAAUAUGUUGAUUAAAUAGUGUGAAAUAUUUUGACAAAUUAAAAAUAAGUUUUCUCGCAGUGAGAGACUUUAUCGUCUGCGUCAAAUCGCCGUCUGUAGCUACCGGUGACGUAACAAACUAAUUAGCAUACUCUGGGGUGCCUGUGGUAAUGAGGAAAGAUAAAAUUCACAGAGGGCACAUGCAGAUCACUGGGUUACUGUUACAUCCUAGAUCAAACUUGUUAAUUAGAAAGCCAGCGGGCUGAUAAAUUCCAUCUACAUUUAAUCAGUCAGUGGUCAAGGGAAUUGACUUUUAAACUCUCUUAUCGAAUAAGAAAUUGCACUGUUUAGAGAGAAGUUAGUGAAAAAAAUCACAUGUCCUCGAAGAAAAAUGAUUUUAACUAACCGUGAAGUAUAAAAAGGAAGAUUUUAACUGCGGAAUUAGAUUAGUAUGUCAGUAGUGUGGAUUUCCGGCAUCUGCUUAUUUGUCGUCUGCAUUUCUACAUUACGAACAGAGGCUGCUCCGGCCAGAACAGCUGAGGAUAGACAGAAAAGAACAGAUAUUUUGCUGUCUAGUCUACAAGAGUACCAAACGGUCGUUCCGGAAGUAGUAUCUAAAGGAGGACAUUUUCUUAGUUAUAAGGUACAACUGAACCAGACUAAGCCCAAAGAAAGUUCAAAUCGAAUUCGGCGCGGAACGCGCAGGAACCAGCAAGAAAUUCUGACCGAUUCGGACAUUUCCGAGUACAGAAUAUUUUACAAGUUUUCCGUAUUCGGAAAAGAAUUCCAUUUUGAUCUCACACUUAACACAGAGCUCCUGUCUCCCGGCUUCUAUGUGGAAUACCAAGACAGUGAGGGUGUUUUAGCAACAUCUGACAGUGUGUCAAACUGCUAUUAUAUUGGUCAAAGCCGGGAGCCAUUCAUCUCGACAGCAGCCAUAAGCAAUUGCAAUGGCCUGCAUGGAGUAUUUUCUAUGGCGGGGCGCGGGCGAAAACUCGCUAUUUAG